GGGUGAUGGCGUCUGUUAAAGUUGAAGAUCUGCUUGAGAAAUCACUGAGUGAACUGGAAGAAGCUGAAUGGAAGAAGUUUAAGUGGCACUUAAAGAAAGAUCAUGAAUGUAUAUCAAAGUCUGAAAUGGAGAAAGCAGAUAUCUUAGACACAGUGGAUAAGAUGGUAGCAUGUUUUGGACCAGAAGAAGCUGUGAAGAUCACAGUGGAGAUCCUGAGGAAGAUGAACCAGAACAAUCUGGCUGAGCAGCUGGAGAACAAACACAAGCAAGUGAGUGAUCCUCUCUCUCACACACACUCAAGUCAGGCUGAAGGCAAUAUGAAGACAUCUACAGCUGUUGGAGCUCAUUCAGAAGAGAUCAGGGGCUCAACAGCAGACGAUAGAGAAGCUACUCUUCAUGAUUACACAGAGACCAGCCUCACACUGAAGGACAAAUUAAAACAGGACUACGAGAAGAUAUUGAUUGGUGAUUCAGAGACGGGUCAUCGGAAAUACCUGAAAGAUAUUUACACUGAUUUAUAUGUGGUGGAGAAUGAGACUGGAGGAAGAGUGAACGAGCACGAGGUGAUACAGAUCGAAUCAAAUCACAACCGAUUAACUGCCAAAGAGAAGCCAAUCAAGUGUAAUGACAUGUUUAAAGUCCAGUGUGACACGGGUCGACGAAACAGAAAAGUGCUGACAACGGGGAUCGCAGGAGUGGGAAAAACUGUCUCUGUCAAUAAAUUCAUCUUUGACUGGGCUGAAGAAACAGAAAAUAAGGAUUUAGUCUUCAUAUUUCCACUUCCAUUCCGUAGAUUGAAUUUGAUUAAAGAAGAGUGCAGUCUCAUGGGACUGCUCAACAAAUACUACUUCUUUAGUAGUCCUGAAGAUUUGCUCUCUCUUCCUGAAGGUGACGGUAAAGUUAUGUUCAUCUUUGAUGGGCUGGAUGAAUGUCGCUUUACUUUGAACUUUAAAGAUGACGACAUAUUUACAAAUGUAAAUGAAAAAACAACAGUGAGUAAGAUAAUAAUAAACCUUAUCAAGAGACACCUGGUUCCCUCUGCUCUCAUCUGGAUCACAUCUAGACCAGCAGCAGCCAGUCUGAUUCCCCGAAACUACAUUGAUCAAGUGACAGAGGUGCGAGGAUUUAACGAUGAGCAGAAAGAGCAAUACUUCAAAAAUAACAGCAGUCCUGAAGUUGCUGGAAACCUCAUCAGUCACAUCAAGAAAUCCAGGAGUCUGCACAUCAUGUGCCAUAUUCCCGUCUUCUGCUGGAUCUCUCUUAUUGUUCUUCAGCCUCUACUGGCUCGAGAGAGCAAUGAGAAAACUCCCACAACUCUCACAGAGAUGUACACAAGCUUCUUAAUUUCUCAGAAGCAACAGAUGGAAGAAAAAUACUGUGAUGACCCUGAACUUAAAGCCAAUGCAGUGUCUUUUGAUCAGAUUAUUCUGAAGCUUGGCAAACUGGCCUUUCAACAGCUGGAGAAAGGAAACCUGAUUUUCUACAAAGAAGAUCUUGAGGAAUGUGGACUAGAUAUCAGAAAAGGGUCGUUGUACUCUGGGUUAUGCACUCGAAUGUUUCAGGAGGAAAAGGUAGCAGCAAGAAAUGUUUACAGCUUCGUACAUCUCAGCGUACAGGAAUUCCUUGCUGCUCUUUAUGUGUUUAUGAUGGGCAAAGAUGAGAAAGCUGACCUAUUUCUUCAGUCCUGGAGAGAAAAACUGACAUGGAAACUGUCCAAAAAGCCACUGUUUCAGCUUCAUAAUGCUACAGUCAAGAAAGCUUUAAAGAGUGAGAACGGACACCUGGACCUUUUCCUUCGGUUCCUCCUGGGUCUGGAGUCCAAUCAGAGUGACCUGAAGGGACUACUGCCAGGACUGGAACUCAGAACAGAGGACAUGAAAAACACUGUUAACUAUAUUAAAAAGAAAAUAGAAAAUGAGAAAUCAGUAGAGAAGACCAUCAAUCUCUUCCACUGUCUGAGUGAACUGAAAGAUGACUUUGUGGAGGAAAUCCAGAAGAAUCUGAGCUCAGGAAUACUUUCAGCACAGAAUCUCUCCUCUGCUCAAUGGUCUGGUCUGGUGUUUGUGCUCCUGAUAUCAGAAGAGACUCAAGAGAUGUUUGAAAUGCAGAAAUACAGAAAAUCUGAUCAAGCACUGGUGACACUUCUGCCAGUGAUCAAAAACACCAGAAGAGCACUGCUACACAGCUGUAAUCUCACAGUUCAGUCCUGUGAGAGUUUAUCAUCAGCUCUACAAUCCCCAAACUCCUUUCUGAGAGAGCUGGAUCUGAGUAACAAUGACCUGCAGGAUUCUGGAGUGCAGCUUCUUUCUGAUGGACUGAAGAGUCCAAACUGUCAGCUGGAGAUACUGAGAUUGUCUGGCUGUAUGGUGACAGAGGAAGGCUGUGGUUAUGUGUCUUCAGCUCUGAGUUCAAACCCGUCACACCUGAGAGAGCUGGAUCUGAGCUACAACCACCCUGGAGAUUCAGGAGUCAAGCUGCUCUCUGAUAAACUCAACGAUCCAAACUACAGACUGGAUAAACUCAAUGUGGAUCAUGGAGGAGAGAUCAGGAUUAAAGCAGGACCACGGAAAUAUCUUCAUCCGCUCACUCUGGAUCUGAACACUGUGAAUAAACGCCUCCGUCUGUCUGAGGAGAACAGAGUGAUUACUGGCACUGACACACUCCAGCCGUAUCCUGAUCAUCCAGACAGAUUUGCUGAUGUGUAUCCUCAGGUGUUGUGUAGUGAGAGUGUGUGUGGACGCUGUUACUGGGAGAUUGAGUGGAGUGGGAGUGUGUAUAUAUCAGUGUCAUAUAAGAGCAUCAGCAGGAAGGGAUCGGGUAAUGAGUGUAUGUUUGGAUAUAAUGAUCAGUCCUGGAGUUUGUACUGCUCUUCCUCCAGAUACACAUUCAGACACAAUGACAUAGAGACUAAACUCCCAGUAAAGCCCAUCAGCAGGAGAACAGGAGAGUGUGUGUGUGACAGCAGGAGAACAGGAGUGUGUGUGUGUUACAGGAGAACAGGAGUGUAUGUGGAUCACAGCGCAGGAACUCUGUCCUUCUACAGCGUCUCUGACACAACGAGCCUCAUACACACAGUCCAGACCACAUUCACACACACACUCUAUCCUGGGUUUGGGGUUUAUUAUGGAUCAGUGAAACUGUGUUGAUGAGUGAGAACAGUCUGUAGAGAAAUUCUACCCAUAAUGCUUUGGGCCGCAUGAUAAACCAGUAACAGUGA